CCGCGGGAUCCCGGAGCUGGAGCCCGAGCCUGAGCGGGGCCGAGGCCGCCCAAGGCGCGCUGCGAGCGAGCGAAUAUGGCAGCAGAAUGAGGAGUCUGACGCCGGGUGGUGGCCGCCGCUGCGGUGCUGCUGCUCGCGAUCAGCGCCUGGUACACUACGAGCCUCAUCCUUAGUCGGCCUCCGGGUGGCCUCUGGGUUCCAUUCGUUACCAAGGACCUGGGAAAAAAGGAGAUCCGCAGCCCAGAGAGGGUGGCGAAGAGGGAGCGCCUCCCGGGAGAGAGAUUCUGCGGGGAUGAGCCGGCCAUGGGGCGGCCUCGGCGGGGCGCACGGAGCCGGCCGGCGCUGCCGAGGGAGCGCUGCCUGAGCCCUGGCUCCACGGGGCUUCGGGGCCUCGUGCGCCCUGGCGGAGUCCCUGCCGCUGUCUCCGGGAAGGACACGAGCCCUGAGUGGCGGGCACUGCAGCAGUCAUAGCUCUGAGGCUCCGGGAGCCUGCAGGGUCUGUGGUUCGGCGCGCUGUCACGCCGCCGCACGCGGGCGCCUUGCCCGGGCGCAAGAUCGGCUGCAAGAGCCGGGGACUGCGGGACUGGCUGGAGGGGCGUGCGCGCGGGUGUUCGACUGGAGAUCCCGGCAGCAGCAGAACCGGGCGGACCUGAGCAGCCAUGCUUCCCGGGGUGGGCGUGUUCGGCACCAGCCUCACCGCCCGAGUCAUCAUCCCGCUGCUGAAAGAUGAGGGCUUCGCGGUGAAGGCGCUGUGGGGCCGCACGCAGGAAGAAGCCGAGGAGCUGGCCAAGGAGAUGAGCGUUCCUUUCUACACCAGCCGCAUCGACGAGGUGCUGCUGCACCAGGAUGUGGACUUGGUGUGCAUCAACCUGCCGCCACCGCUCACUCGCCAGAUCGCUGUCAAAACCCUGGGCAUAGGCAAGAAUGUCAUCUGUGACCGUACCGCCACGCCGCUGGACGCCUUCCGCAUGAUGUCUGCUGCCCACUACUACCCCAAGCUCAUGAGCAUCAUGGGCAACGUGCUGCGCUUCCUGCCAGCCUUCGUCCGCAUGAAGCAGCUGAUCGAGGAGGGCUACGUGGGCGAGCUGCUGGUGUGCGAGGUGCAGGUGCACAGCGGGAGUCUGCUGGGCAAGAAGUACAACUGGAGCUGCGACGACCUGAUGGGUGGUGGCGGCCUGCACUCGGUGGGCACCUACAUCAUCGACUUGCUCACCUUCCUCACGGGCCAGAAAGCUGUCAAGGUCCACGGGCUGCUCAAGACCUUCGUCAAGCAGACGGACCACAUCAAGGGCAUCCGUCAGAUCACCAGCGAUGACUUCUGCACCUUCCAGAUGGUGCUGGAGGGUGGGGUGUGCUGCACCGUAACCCUGAACUUCAAUGUGCCUGGCGAGUUCAAGCAGGACGUGACCGUGGUGGGCUCUGCGGGGCGGCUUCUGGCAGUGGGCACCGACCUCUACGGACAGCGCAAUAGCGCCCCGGAGCAGGAGCUGUUGUUGCAGGACACUACGUCCGUGAGCAACUCCCUGCUGCCCGAGAAGGCGUUCAGCGACAUCCCCUCGCCCUACCUGCGGGGCACCAUGAAGAUGAUGCAGGCAGUGCGCCAGGCCUUCCAGGAUCAAGAUGACCGACGCACGUGGGACGGACGGCCUCUUACCAUGGCGGCCACCUUCGACGACUGCCUGUAUGCUCUCUGCGUGGUAGACACCAUCAAGAGGUCCAGCCAGACUGGAGAGUGGCAGAACAUCGCCAUCAUGACCGAGGAGCCCGAGCUGAGCCCCGCCUACCUGAUCAGCGAGGCCAUGCGCAGAAGCAGGAUGUCCCUUUACUGUUAGCACUGGGACCUGGUGGACUCGACCUGCUGCAUGGGGCCAGUUAGGGGGAAAUGCACUGUGGAGCGGGUGGUCGUGGGAGGGGAUUACGGAAGGGGCAGCAUGAAUGCACAGCAUGUAGGGUGGUCCCCAUCCCAAGUAGAGGGCCCAAGUCAAAGGUGGUGGCCAGCCGACGUCAUACUCAGAAGGGCGUGCCGUCCUAAUUGGGUAUCUGAUGAGAGGAAGAAAGUUGAGCGCCUUUUGCAGUCCAUUACUGUGAGAAGCAAGGAGGGGCUGCCCCCUGCCCUACCUCAUCCAUCCGCAGAUCUUGGCCUUCUUUGCAAGCCAAGGCUGUGUAUCAAAUGAGGAGCUCAGCCAGAGCUAGGCUCUCCGCCAGCGCCCCCCACUGGCAGGAGAGGACACUUCAUCAAAUGCCUACAAAGGGUGUUUUUGUUUUUUGGUGGAGGGAGGUAGAAGAAGUGGGGGGGCGGGGCUUUUGAGAAAGUUGUAAUUCCGGGAAGCCACUGUGUGUUUUACUUUAAGGAUCAGAAGGAAAAGCCCACCACUCCCUUGGCUGCUCUGUCUUCUAGGAAGCAUUAGAUCUAUCUGGCUUGUAUAGAGUAAAUGAGGCGGGAAGCUGUACCUCUGAGCUGACCAAGAAGGCAGACAGGGUACAGUGAGCUACUUCAGAGUCCUCCUGCCUCAGGAGACGGCUGCUGAUCAAUAGUCCUGCCAAGAGGCUCUCCAGGCUGCCCUGAGAAUGCUACACGGGGCGUGGGCUUGACUGCAGCUGCCUGCCUGGGUGGGGUGCCUGCAACCCUGGGUGUAGCAACAUGAGCGCCCCAAAAGAGGAGAACACCAGGCCAGUCCCCGAGUUGCUGGAAGCUCCAGUGGCCAAGCUGAAGACAGACAUUUAGGACUCUGAGCUUUGUAGGUUUAAACAAGAAGCCUGUGGCUUCACCCCAUUGGAGUCCCUUUCCCUUUAAGAAGACCCAAGACUCUUUUCCUUCCCCUUGGCAUUGGCUCUCAGGAUUCUGACAGCUGGAAACUUCCGAAUGGGUAUUAAAACAAACAGCCAACAGGGAACAUAAUUCUCAGUGUUUCUAAAAUGGGGAUUUAGAGACUGGAGAAGGUUCAAGUUGGAAAAAAACAAAAAAACAAAAAAACAAAAAAACUAUCCUUUUUGUUCCCCUCCUGGUCGCCUCUGUCUUACCCUCCAUUUGAAACUAGAGAUGGCCAAGCACUAGCUUACAAAUGGGCAGAGACAAAGCCUAUUGUCACAUUGACAAGAAAGACACACCUUUGUAAAUGUUUGCUAUCCUCCAGUAUCACUAAAACAUUGAGUCUGGUCUUGAAGGAAAGGUCAAGUCAUAUAUAUUUUGAAAUCGGGGGUGUUGUCUUUUUCUUGUCUGGCUUUGGUAACCUUCACCGGGCAUGUGGCAGUCUUGAGGCUGGCUAUGUAGACUGGUCCUUCUAGGUAGCCAGCCUGAGUCCAGCCAGAGUUCCUCCCUGGGGCUAUUCACAGAGACCGCCAUACUGGAGGCCACACACCAACAGAAUCAUGGCCAUUUUCUAGCAGGAAGGGGCAGGCGCUGCCUUUUGAGGACCCCACCCACUUACCCCCAGCCCACCCCCACCCUCACACACCAUGGUAAAGUUGAUCAGCUGAAACCUUCCACGGCUUUGAUUGGUUGCCACCCCUCAUGAAUAGUGUUCCAGGUUUGCAGUUAUCGGAUUGGGACAGCACUCUGCACACAGCACAUCAUGGACUUUGGGGGUGGGGGUGGGGUCCCUGCUCCUAAAUUGCUCUCUGAGGCAGUGAUUUCCCCACCCCAGCUGCCCUGAAAAGCUGUGAUUAAGGAUGAAUUGGGGGGGGGGCAUGGUGGAUGGCUCUAUGAAGUUCAUUUUUCCAAGUCAUUUACCUCAGUAGAUAUGAUAUGCUUGGGUGUCUGACUUUUGGUUUCUCCACUCUUCCCCAGGAGAGUUGAGAACUUUCCUUCUAGAGGCCUUGGAGCUCUGGGAUGAACAUGCAGGGUAUAAACAAAAACUCCCAUUUGAGGCUAGGGGAUAGAGAAAAAUAUGUAGUCUUUGGAAGAAGCAUGAGGCAGCAGUAAGGGUACUGAGAUUCUAUUGACUGUACGUGGUAGAGGUAGCAACAGCAGGGAUAGAUGGGGAGUCAGCUCUCUAAAAGUAAAAAUGGCGGCCCACGGAGUCAGGAGCUUCUCUAGUGCUCCUUAAGCUCUUGCCUUUCCAUGUGCAAAUUCUUGGUUGGCUGCAGCAGUGUGAGGCUAAAGUCCCAAGCUCGCAACAACAUUCUGCAACAUAAUGCGGAUCUAUGUCCUGGCAAUAACCCAGCCUACGGAGGCUGCUAGGAGCCUUUCAAUUCAGUCCCCCCUUGCCUCGCUUGCUCCUAUCAUUUUAUAAAUACUGCUGGUGGCCUCAACAAAAAGCCUGGUUCCCAGAGAUUUUAAAGCAGGUAUAUACAUACAUGUGUGUGUGUGUGUAUGUAUAUAUAUGUUUAUAUAUACAUACACACACACACACACACACAUAUAUAUACACACAAACGUUUGGGAAUGCCCUGGGUUUAUCUGCAAAGUUUGGAGUCUAGGACUCCUUUGUGGUCACUGUCAGUUCCUCUUAAGACUACUUCUCCCUGGUAAAGUUGCAUCAUGGGGUUCCUUCAAGGCAUCUUAGUUUUCCUGGCAGCACAUCUCUUUGUCAGGUCUUGUCAGCAUUCAAGGUACAGUGUCACCCAGCUCACCCACCAAAUGCAGAGUAUUGUAGGCAUAUCUUAUCAUCAUCUAUAAAAAUAGCAUUGGGUACUGUCUCAUUCCCUCUACGUUUACAUGAAGAUGUGACAUGCUCGAAGCCACACAAUGAGUGGGCAAACAGCCAUCUGUACCUGUCUGUUGUUCUGGCCAGGAAAAGCAUUCCUCGUGGAGCCCUGUAGGGGGCGUGCUCCCACCUCACGGAGCAGCUGGGAGUGGCCUGAGAGCCACAGCCACCGCCAGCUGAGCAGGAUGCCGACAGGUUGGCAGUCACAGCUGCAGAAAGUAGUGGUUUUUCUUCCCCUUCCCAAAUGGAAAUGUCACUUGGCUGCUUUUAAGAUGACUUUCCCAUGUUGAUGUUUCAUUGCAAGUGACUGGGUAGCCCUCAGCCCUGGGGACUUUCAUAGCAUCACUGGCUAUCAUAGGUGGCUUUGGACAUGGUUGUAGGGCCUAAGUGUAGCAAAGGAUGACAUCUUUUCCCAGGAAGGGGUGCAGACUUUGGGGUUUAGCUGUGCCCCGUACCAUCAUGCCCUUUCUUACUUCGCCUAGCCCACGGACUGUAGCUACCGAACUUGACCGGUGGCUUAUGAAUUAGGUUUCCGAUCCGUCCUCCCUUUCCAGGGAGCGCUGGAGGAAAUCAGCUCUGUUGAUGCCCUGGGGAGAGAGUGGACCCAACUGCACGUGAAAGAACUUCGGGAUAUCAUCUAUCAGACACCCCAGGGAGGAAUGCUAUGGCCACAGCCACCCCACUUCUUUAGAUCCAGGGUUGGGGGGUGGAGACCAUUUUUCCUGAUUUGCAGUUUGUAAUGGACAUACUAUUGUACCUUCAGGGCUACCACACAGGGAGGCGAGGCUCAUCCAGGCCAGUAAGCUGCCUAAUUGAUCAGUUCAGACCCUCACCGAACCGAACAGUAUUCGCUGAGCUAUGACAGGAAGACCCAUAUUUUGCAAAUAGGGGUUACAGAGUUAGGGAUAGAACCCCAUAUUUUGCAAAUAAUAUGGGUUACGGAGUUAGGGAUAGAACCCCAGGCUCUACGCGCGCUAGGCAAGCUCUCUACCACCCAGCCACACCUCCAGCUUCAAUUAAAUCUUCAAAGUAUUCAGAAAACCUGGUGACUGUAACAAAAGGCUUAUCUUGAAUUACGCCUCUCUGUGGAGGCUCGGGGACCCAGAGUCAGGUGUUUACCCUGAGGAGGAUGUGAGGCCCGCUCUACUAUUGGCUGUUGUCCCACUGCUGGGUGCGAACCUUCACUCUGACUAAUUUGUCACUCCAUCCACUGGUGAUUUCUUUCGCCCACCAAAUCCCUGGAACUUGCAGGACAGGGAGACCACGGGGAGAACUUAGCCCCUGUCAGGUCAGACCAAUCCUAUUUGUUUCCUUAGGGCGAGGGAGGAUUAAGGGAGGUGUCGGGAAGUCUGUGGCACAGCUCCAGAGUCAUCUCCAGCCCUUGGAUCGUUCUGCAGGCUCACUGGUGAGCAGGUGGGCUACACUCGGAGUUUAGCUGGGCCUUCUAGAUCUCCUUUGCCGUGAUGUUGAGCCCUCCCUGGGCUUCUCUAAGAGAGAUCAGUGGUCUCCUCAGAGCUUAUCAGUCUGAGUGACUGACUGCAUUUAGUAAACAGAAGCUAGCAGACCCAACUGGCCUUUUCUCCCCUGCAUCAGGGUCCUUAUCUGCUGGAGCCCUCAAGAGGGCCACUGAAGCCCCCAGCUCUCUUCCAGGCUAUGACACGUUGCACUACUGAGCACUCCCAAACCUGCUGCAGCCUCUUGUUUACAUCAGCAGAGAACAGGGUGAUUAAAAAAAAAGAACCUUCUAGUUGGAAUGCUUGAUGCUUAGUGCAGCAACCAAACUUUGCCUGGGCUGGUAGAGCCGGGAAAUCAUCGUGGUCAUGGAGUCACCCGCCACUGCUGUCUCCCGUGCCCUGUCCAGCUCUCAGCUGUCCCCUGCAGCCACCACAAGGGCUAGGCUGUCCAAUGAGCCCCAUAGCUUCUAAGAAAUGCAGUGGCUUAUUUGUAGUACUGUGUGACGCCCCAGGUGAAGCAGCAAAAGCCUAUGAUCUGAUCAGCUCCUUUAGUCUGCCCUGUCCCUGGUUUAGGCGAGGGAGAACUUUCUAAAUGAUUAUGGCUUUGUUUGCUGCCUGGUGCUUUUUAUAGUCUGUCAUUUGUUUUCAUUUCCUUUUUUAAAAACAAACAAACCAAAACUGCACUGGUUUGGUUGUCAUUGUCUAGUGUAUAUUUAUUGUUUUACAAACAUGGGUAUAUAUGUAUGUAUAUGUAUAAAACCAAACUUAUAUAUAUAUAUAUAAAGUCAAGGCAUGUAUACUAGAUAUUUUAAAUUUAUUUAUCAAAGGGAAAAGAUGUGUGUUAUAAAGUAAAACAGAGUCUAUAUUUUAUAUAUAAUGUAGAUAGCAAAAACUAGCUUAUAAAUUAUAGAAGGUUUUACUUUUUGUUUUCUAUUAUUAAAAAAGAAAGAAAGAAAUUUAAAAGAUAAAGGAUGGUGACUGCAGCUGUGCUUGGAGUUCUCAAGAGAAAUCGAUACAGAGCUGGAGGUGGCUUGCCCUCCCUCGGGAUCUGCGGUUCCGGCUCCUGAGUGGAUGAUGUCCCACUGGUGCCUGAGUGAUGCUCUGGCCAGGUUAGACAUGCUCAGCCAGCCGCCCAGGUUGCUCCAACAUCGCUUCCCCUGUCCAUGAAUGUCUUUGAUGGGUUGAACGUUGGUGGGAGAAAGGAUGAAAGUGGCAAAUAAAGUCUUCAAAGAAGAGGU